UUCAAAUUUCAAGUUCGAUUGCUUUCGCCAUUUGUAGUUUGAAUUUGUAGUAAAUAGUGAACAACUUAUUUGCAUAUAUGUAUCAAAACUUCGCGAAAUAAUGUCCGUUAAACAGCAAACACAACUAGAUUUAACUGGUGACUUGAUUGCAAAAUCAGUGAAGUCGGUCACUUUUUCGAAGCGUUUUACCAAUAUAAUUGUGAGAUGCUCCAUCUUCAACAUAAUUUAUAGAAGACUAGAACUGAAAGAGUCCGAGUUAAAGACCAGAAAUUAUAAGGGCGUUCCCUAUAAAAUUAUUAAAAACCCGAACAAAUCAAAAGAUCCUGCGAUAACUUCGUUUGUGUCUUGGGUAGAAGGUAUUCAAGAUGCCAUAGAAAAGAAUUAUCUAAGAGAAAUAUUUUUAUUCAUGAAAGACUCUACUGGAGAUUUGUUGGAAACCUAUCAGUUCAAGUUGAAAUACAACACCGACCCGAAUGAUGAACAUAAAAGAACUUUGGUGCACGUGCAAGAUGAUACCAUGGCCUUGCUGCAGGUUAUUUGCGACUUGGGGAAAAAUAAGAAACUAGAGAAUACAAAGCUCGUCAUAGAAUUCAAAUACAACGACAUUACUCCUUUUGAAUACGAACCGCCAGGGUUCUCACCAGCUAUUCAACCGGAAUGUAGCAAAAUUUCUGACUCCGCUUGCAAUAAAAAUCUGGGCAAGUUGAAUACAGGAUUCCACAAAAUAACCUGUCGUGCACACGGUUUGCUAACAUUAAGUAGAGCUUCGACUCCCGCUUCAGCUUGUUUCGCGAAUGGUCGGAUUUCGCAGGAAGACGUGUUUGGUGAAAAAAUGGUCAUCGAGGCUGAAAAUGAGGAAAAAUGGGAAAAAGCCAAAUCAAAAUUCAACAAUAGCUGCAUUACCGUAUUAUCAGAUGCAUUCACGCACGACCAUUCGCUGUUGAGCUCCGAAGAUAUUGUGCCGCCCCCUGAAAAUGUCGACUGCAUCUGCCAUUUGUCCAUCACUGACGUUAACAUUAUCCGGUGCUCCAAGUGCGAUAGGAAAUAUCACGCUCCCUGUUACGGCUACAUGAACAAAGCAGACUUCGACGUCAACUUUUCUUGCCUAGAGUGCGGCACCACUGAUACCAUGCUAAUUGAAUUCACAGAUACACAGCUUUUCGUUAAAGUGAGAUUGAUAUUGUAUUUCUUGAACAAGAAGAAAAAACUACCCAAAGAAAUUUUCAAUUCACUUGGCGAUGAGCAGAAGGCAGUGGUUUUAGAAAAACUGAAACAGAGUGAUGUCUAUGAUUCUGAGACAAAGAUUUUCAACCAGAACAAAUUUGAUGAAUGUGCGCCCAUGUUCUUCAACAUCAGCAACUCCCAGUUUCUACGUUAGAAAAUGUAAUUUUUUUGUUCAACUGUUUUAAUAACUACUAUAUAUUCACAAGUUACUUUGAUAAGUUUAAAUAUUCAGGUGAAGUUUUUAUAAUGUUCAGGAGUUUCAAAUCGUUCAGAAUUGUAAAGUGUUGAAAGGAAUUGAGGAAUAAUAAAUUUUAUUUUAUGCUU